AUGGAAAAUAUUGAAGCAUUUAGAUUAAUGUCUGGAUUGAUUCUAGUUCCAUUAUUGGUUUUUCAAAUCUUGCUUGGUGGAUUUGCACCAUUGUUUGAUCCAACUAUUAUUAUUCAACAAAAGAUAUCACAAAACUUACAAGUUAACAAUCAAACAGUAAAGUUUACACCUUUAUUUCCAGUAGAGAUGAUUGAACCAACAAUAGAUUAUGAUGACCUUAUUCGAAAUUAUUAUCAAGACCCACCACACUUUAAUAAUAUCGAUUUACCACAACCUAUUGAAUAUGCUCAUAUAGAUCCAUUAUACACUCAACAAUUAUACUUUGGAAUGGAGUAUUUGGGUUCAACGUAUUUAUUAAACAAAGAAAAGUAUGAACAAAAAUAUAAUUCAAAAUUGGUUGAAACCUCUGAAUAUAUAUUACCAAAUCUAUCAUUUAAUAGUAUAAGAGUAGUAACUACAGUAUCACAUUAUUUGGCAUUAUUAGUAAAUGGUAUUGCUUUGUUUACAUGUUGUUUUGAAUUAUCAACUAAAAGGAUUGAUGAAAAUGGGUUUUUUGUGCUAACAUCGAUUGCAAUGUUUUUUGGAAUCACAUUUUAUUUCAUUAUUUAUUGGAUUACAUUUCUAUUUAUUGACUACCUAAGAAUUGAUUUUAAAGAGUCAUCACUAUGUUACCAUGAUGGAGAAUAUUAUAAUUUUUGUCAAACUCUAUCUGGUUCAACAAAUGAUUAUCCAGGUGUAUGUCCAAAUAUAAUCAAUCAUCAUCAUUUUUAA